AUGCCGAGUUCGCCGGCGGAAGAAGAUCAUCCGUCGAGUCGUCCAUCACCUGAGGCUGUUACACCAGAGGUGCCAGAGGCGUCUGAUCGUGCUCAGGUGGAGUCCAAGGAGGUUCAGCUCUCAGACAUGCUAGCAAUCACUCUCGAUGACACUCACGUGCAGAUUAUGGUGCUUCGUUACUUGGAAACCAAAAAGGACAUAGAGGAAGUGUGCACAUAUAAGAAAAUUUCUGAGUGUUUUGAAUCAAUUGUGCCCGAACCAGAUAAUCAGAUAGAUCGUGAUCCAUUGCAAUCACCUCCAUCCCCAUCUAACUUAACAUUAUCUCAUGUUUUUUCAUUACAUGAUGUUAAGGAACCAGAUUCACAUAAAGAGAUCAAAGUUGAUGAGACAUAUGAUUAUCUCCCACAAGGGAGCUCAAUUGGGUGA